GAAACAAAUCAACAUUAAUGAGUGAAGAGUCUGGUGGUCCUACCAGAAUUUUCGUUGGAAAUCCAUCAAAGAUACACAUUCCUCUUAAUGUUUGAUUUGCCCUACUUCUCGUCUCAUUUAACAUUAUCUUAUUUCGAUCAGAAAGCCACUACAAUGUAAACAUGCGCGGUGGAGAUAGAUACAGAGGUACUGGAUGGCAUCAUGAUGAAGCACAUUAUCGUCGUGACAACCGAAACGGCUCGCAUGUACAAUGCGCAUCAGCUCGAACCCAGCAUGAUUCUCACUUGGGUCAUCACCGUAUUCAGGACACUCGCUAUUGGUAUCGAAACCCAGAAUAUCGGAACAAUCUCUCACUUCGUCGGUCCAAUCAAAAUUCCAUAUUAAAUCGACCCAAUCACCAUUUCCUUGCAAAAUCCAAACACCUGAAAGAGUACCUUUUGACAUCUCUGAAGUCGCACAUAGACAGGAUAGAGCAAUGGUUGCCAGAAAACGAGUGUGGGGGCGGUGACAACCAGGUCGACUCACCUAAUGUUAAAAGUAACGAAGAAAUGGACUGGCAAUUGGAACGAGAGCUGGUCGUUGAAGGAUACAAAUGGAGCUCGGAGGUCUUACCACUUAGUCUGAAUGUGACAGAGCUCAAAGUUGUUACUCUCGAAAAUGGGCAUGAAGAGCCGUCUAAUGUUGGAGCUGAUAUUGAAAGCGCGGCUGUUCCGAAUAGAUGUUUGGACAUCGAAAGGGAGGAUCAGAGCAAAGGUGUUGCUCCCAAGUAAGGCCAGUCUAAAGCUUCUAAGCAUGAGCGCUCCUUGUCCUAAAUAUCGAUUUGAUAUACAAUAGAUUGUGUAUCAUAGGAUUGAUGAUGACGUUGGGGGGAAAAUGUGCGCAAUUUUAAACACAGACUGGUAAUGCCAAAUUUUCGAGCCAGCUUCAGCAUUAGUCUCUGUUCCUCUCACUAUCUGCAAAAAUGACGUCUUCAUUGCAAACAGCCGAUAUAAAUUCUCAUCUCUUUCACCACAAUCUCCGAACCAUCCCACUCUUCUUUCUGAUAUCAAUGUUUUCAGUUAAUACUAUGUACUCCAUAAACCGUUGGCAAUAAUCGUGUCUUAGAUUGAGUGAUUAUUUACGACAAAAUAUGAUGUGAAGAGCCCUAAUGACUCGUGGUGGCAAGAUGGUUAGAAACGUCUGGUAGCUUACUGCGAGUUGCAACAAGUAUGUAAAAACAUAAAUCUGCAGCAUUUGAUGCACUGUACAUCAUUCUGUUGCUCUAGUAUGACACCAUGAACA